AUGGAUUUCCAACGUCUGAUCUCUCUGAUGGCUUCUUCGAGUCUUUUUUGCUUGGUUCUCUCUUUGCCUAAUUUCGCUUAUGGACAAUACUUAACUGAUCGUGUUCCGGCUCUGUUCAUCUUUGGGGACUCCGUUGUAGAUGCCGGAAAUAACAAUGAGUUGCUCACCAUCAUCAAAGCGAACUUCCCUCCUUACGGCAGAGAUUUCAUGAAUCAAAGAGCAACAGGCCGAUUUACUAACGGCCAGCUUGUCACUGAUAUUAUAGCCCGCCGCAUUGGAUUUCCGAGGUAUCAGGCAGCUUAUCUUAGUGAAGAAGCUGAAGCAGAAAACCUCUUGAUAGGAGCAAACUUUGCAUCAGCGGCUUCUGGCUAUUACGAUGCUACGGCGGAUUUGUUUCUAGCUAUUCCUCUAAGUAAGCAAUUGGAAAACUACAAGGAGUACCAAGGGAAGAUAGUGGAACUAAUAGGAGCAGAAAAUGCUUCCUCACUGUUUUCUCGAGGAAUCCACAUCGUUAGCACUGGAAGUAGUGACUUCCUUCAGAAUUAUUACGUCAAUCCAGUUGUAAACAUUCCCUACAGGAUCGACCAAUUUUCUAACAUGCUCGUCCAAAUCUAUGCCGAUUUCAUUGAGGAUUUGUAUGGAUUGGGAGCACGGAGGAUUGGCGUCACAAAUUUGCCACCAAUUGGGUGCUUGCCGGCCGCCAUGACAUUGUUUGGGUUAGGCGCCGGCAAGGAUCAUGAGUGUGUGGAGAAACUAAAUCGGGAUGCAAAACUCUUCAAUAGAAAACUGAAUUCAACAUCAGAGCUGUUGAAGACUAGGCUUCCUGGUUUAAAGUUGGUCCUUUUUGACGUUUAUGAAUCACUAUACACUAUCAUAGCAGGAUCUAGUGAAAGAGGGUUUUCCGAGACAAGACGCGGUUGCUGUGGCACAGGCUUGAUUGAAACAUCAGUAUUAUGCAACGACCUAUCUCUAGGGACUUGUGCUAAUGCUACCGAAUACGUGUUUUGGGAUGGUUUCCAUCCCUCCGAAGCGGCCAACAAAUUCAUUGUUGAUGAUUUGAUUUCAGCUGCAUAUUCUCUUGUCUACAACUAA